AUGAAACCACAAAUCGCUCUGUUGCUUUUGUACAGCCUAUUAUUCGUAGAGGGAGGCUUUGAAGAAAGGAAAAAAUUCCACGAUUGGCUAUGCCAAAAAAGUCCGUCUCUGCAAAGUUGUUCUAAGCCUUUCACCAUGUCAACCUACAGGAAGGAACUGGCCACUUUCCGCAGAAAUAAAGAAUUGAUGUUCCAAAAGGCAUCAACUAAUGGGAGAAUCGAGGAUGAUUCUAUUGAAGAAAGUGAUGACGACUACGAAUUUUAUUUGUGGAAGAAAUACCUCUACCGAAAAUACCGUAAACUUCUCCGAAAAUUGAAAGAAGAGAGAAGUGAAGAGGAAACUCUUAGGGCGAUCACAACAGGGCAGCAACGUUACAACAGCGUGAGAAAUAGCCAAUACUACACUUAUCCGAGCUACUACAGACAACCGCGUUAUCGACCCGCUUCUGCUGGUUCAUUUCCGUCCUUCGGCGGUGGUGGUUUGAGCGGUUUGAGUAACCUUUUCAGUUUUGGAAUAAGCAACGGGGUCGGCGUCGGAACUCCCAUUGGCAAUUUCGGUGUUUCAAGUGGAUUCGGUCUAGGAAUCGGAUGA